CUACGCAGCCGAGUCGAGUCGAGUGGAGUCCAGUCCAGACUACACGUCUACUUUUACUCCCAAGACUGGAAGCAAAUGUCACGUUUUCUCUUCUCUUGGAAUCUCUCUGUUGAAACUUCCAAACUGCUCGACGACGCAAAAACUCCAGGGAGAGACAGAAGAGAAAGAAAGAGACCGACCAGAGCGAAUCGAACCGUAUUAGUUCAAGAAACACAAACAGAGCUGUAAGACAAACCCUAGCUUGUUGUUUUCUGAUUUUGAUCGCUCGAGAGGAACAAGAAUUGGGGCCAAUCCAGCCGUUGUCACAGAGGAAAGUGACGGUUUGUUUGGGACAAAUACAAUGAAGGCGAUGGAGACCUUGCAGGAUCUGAUCGAAGAGGCUAAGCUUCGAAUGGUUUAUUGGUCGUUGUGUAUCUUCGCUGUGUCGUACUUCUUGACUCACACGAGCAAAUCUAUGUGGAUGAAUAUUCCCCUGUCAAUUCUAUUUGUUUCUGCAUUACGGGUUUUAUUUAGUGAGGUGGAGUUCCGGUGGAAGGUGCGAAAAGUUCGCCCUCCGACAUACUUAUCUCAUUUAGAAAAGAAGCAGUUGCCCGUGGAUGAUCCUUGCCUUUCAACAUUGCCGCCACCCCCAAAUUGGAAGAGAAAAAUUGACUCUCCUGUUGUGGAGGCUGCAAUGGAGGGAUUUGUUAAUAAACUAUUGCAAGAUUUUGUCUCCGAUUUGUGGUAUUCAGAUAUUACACCUGACAAGGAGGCGCCGGAGCUCAUGCGUGCCAUCAUCAUGGAUGUGCUCGGUGAAAUAUCCGGAAGGGUCAAAGAGAUAAACUUAGUUGACUUUUUGACAAGGGAUUUAGUUGACUUAGUUGGGGUUCACCUAGAUAUUUUUAGAAGAAACCAAGCUGCAAUUGGCGUGGAUGUCAUGGGAACACUAUCCUCAAAAGAAAGGGAUGAUCGUUUGAGACACCAUCUUGAAGCUUCAAGGGAGCUUCACCCUGCAUGUUUAUCUCCCGAGAGUGAGUACAAGGUUCUUCAGCAUCUUGUUGGUGGCUUGUUAGCUGUGGUCCUCAGACCACAAGAGGCCCAAUGCCCCCUUGUUCGAUGCAUUGCCCGAGAGCUUAUAACUUGCUUGGUAAUGCAACCCGUUAUGAGUUUUGCAAGCCCAGAGUAUGUGAAUGAGUUGAUUGAGUAUGUUUUCCUUAGUACUGAGGAUGGUGGAAACAAAGUGACAGGUGAUAGCCACUCACCUAAUGUAAUGGGUAGCAGUGACCAUACUGCUCCUGCAGAUAUACCACCAAAGGAAUAUACUUCAAGGCAGGAUAUGAUUUCAUUUGGUCAAGGAACUGAUCUUUUGGUGUCAGGAAUUGGCAUCCAGAAACAUAUUCCCCUGGAUACUUCAAAGAAUUUGACUUCUAAUCUUUCUGGUAAGGAACAUCCUGUUGUCUGGGCACAAAUACUGGAGGCGGCAACCCAGAGGAGAACAGAGGUUCUGAUGCCUGAAAAUCUUGAAAACAUGUGGACCAAAGGAAAAAAUUAUAAAAAGAAAGCUCAGAAGAUUGCUGCAAAGAGUUCGAGAAUAAAUAGUGCUAAACCUUCAAAUAGUUCGUGGACAGAAAUGUCAACCCAAAGGCCUGUAGUUUCUUUUGCAACAGAAGAUUCUGGGUUGCCACCAAAAUUUAUUACAGAGGCUCGACCAAGCGACGGGAGCAACAAUACGACACAUUUGUUUCGUGGACUAGACAAGGAACAACCUGGUGGGAAAGGAGCCAUUAAUGAAUUGGAGAAUACUGCUUCUUUUACUCUGGGUGAGAAUAAAGGUUGGCUUAAAAGAUCAAACAGCACGUCUGCUCUAAAAGUUGAAACCAACAUGGAAAAAGCAUCCAGAAGUGAAGGCGUUCAUCCUCUUAUAUCAGAGUUUUAUAGCCCAGAUUUUGACAGACAAAGUGAAGCACAUACUGCCAAGGGCGCUUCAAAUAUGGUGUUCCACAGUGAAGUAAUGCAUGCUCCCAAGCUUUGGUGCCGGGUUGAAGGAGCAUACUUCGAGAAACUUGGAUCAAAAUCCUUUGCAGUUUAUUCAAUUUUAGUGACAGAUGCAGAUAACAACACUUGGUCUGUUAGAAGAAGAUACAGCAAUUUUGAGAGACUACAUCGACACCUUAAGGAUAUUCCUAAUUAUACAUUACAUUUGCCUCCAAAAAGGAUAUUCUCCUCCAGCACAGAAGAUGCUCUUGUUCAUCAACGCUGUAUUCAGCUUGACAAAUAUCUGCAAGAUCUCGUGUCCAUAGCUAAUGUUGCUGAGCAACAUGAAGUGUGGGAUUUUUUGAGUGCUUCCUCAAAGAACUACUCUUUUGGAAAAUCAUCCUCAGCAAUUAGGACCCUUGCAGUGAAUGUGGAUGAGGCUAUGGAUGAUAUUGUGCGCCAGUUCAAAGGAGUUUCAGAUGGCUUAAUGCGGAAAGUUGUUGGUUCAUCUUCCCUUCCUUACGAAGCCUCUUCUGCAAUUGCAGGCAAGAACUUAUCCUGGAAUGCUGAUGAGGUUAGUAAACACCUCUCUUGGCAUAGUGCCGCAGAAUCAGCAAAAAGCAUUUCUGAUGAGGAUGUUGAUAAAGAUGGAACUCGUGGCCAUGAAGAAGUAGGACCUGAUGUUCAAGCUAAUGGAUGGCACUCGGAUAAUGAAUUAGACUCAAAGGGUCUGCCACCAAGGGUGGUUAAACAUGGUGAAAAUUUUAGAAGGUUGUAUUAUGGAACAAAACAUGGUUUAGAGGCAGAACCUCUAUCUGUCAGUCUGGGAGGAUAUCCUGCAACAAGUCUACCAGUAGGCUCUGAUCAUCUGGAAGAUCCAGCUGGGGUACCACCAGAGUGGACACCACCCAAUUUAAGCAUACCUGUCUUGAACUUAGUUGACAACAUCUUUCAGCUUAAGAGAAGAGGAUGGUUAAGAAGACAAGUUUUCUGGAUAUCAAAGCAAAUAUUACAGUUAAUGAUGGAAGAUGCUAUUGAUGACUGGCUUCUAAGACAAAUUCAGCAGUUGCGGAGAGACGAUAUUAUUGCUCAAGGGAUUCAAUGGGUCCAAGAUGCUCUGUGGCCUGAUGGCACAUUCUUUCUGAGGUCAAAUCCUCAAAGUGGAGUUGAUGAUUGCCAGUUUAAUGAGUCUUCUCAAACUACGAGCCGUCGUAGUAGGGUAACUGAAACAGGGUCUUUUGAACAACAGCUUGAGGCUGCCCGUAGGGCUCACUAUGUCAAGAAAAUGAUCUUCAAUGGAGCUCCUGCUCCGCUUGUCAGCUUAAUUGGGCGCAAGCAGUAUAGGCGUUGUGCGAAAGACAUACAUUAUUUCCUGCAGUCUACGGUCUGCUUGAAACAACUUGCAUAUGAAAUACUUGAAUUGAUACUCAAAUCGGCAUUCCCGGAGCUCGGGGAUAUUGUGCUGGAUGUUCACGGGAAGCAGCUGCCUACCCAACCUGCUGUAUAGUCAGUUUCAAGAGCUCCAUUCCUUCAGCACGCGUAUUAUCAUUCUGCUUGAAAGUGGAUUAGAUAAACUGGACUUCCUCAGAUUGGCAAGAAAUAUCAUUCACCUUGGGUUGGCUAUCGUAGCGGGUUUUGUGGUUUGUCACGACAACAAUCAUUUAUGCACCAAGUUUUUUAUUUUUAUUUUUUUCCGUUCUUUUGUUGAGUUACAACAAUCAGGGUUGGGUUUUUCAUUACUGUACACAAAUCACUUGUAGGAUGUGGUAAAUGUAUGUCGUCUCUAUCCUCCAUUCUAACUGUACAGAAAAGUAGUACUUUAGGGGAUUUGAAUAGAAGUACCCCUUGAUGAUCAAAAUUGAAACCCCUUUCCCGGGGAUCUUGCAUCAAAGUAAAAAAUGCUGUAGGCUCGAAGAACUACAA